GUGUAGCAGCAGCUUUGCCAUUUUUAGGUACGGAGGCCAAGCCAGUUGGAGCGACCGCUGUGUUUUGCAGAAGCGAGGGCUGACGACUGGAUGUUUCCCAGCCAUUUGCAGUGAAAGAUGGCUGAUCUUUGCACGAGGCUCUGGGUGCUUCUGGCAAACCUCUGGCUGAUGGCUCUGGUCACAGGUGGGAUCUCAGCAGACAAGAACAACACCACGAACAGCACAGGCGGCGGGUGCCCCAUGGUGCAGCAGCACCCACGGUACGUGGCGGCCAAGAAGAACACGCCCGUCCACUUCAUCUGCUACACCCAGGAGCCCCAUAACGUGCAAUGGUACAAAACGGUGGAGGACAGCAAUGACUUCUACGAGCUGGAUCACAACACCUCCCGCUACAGCAUUACGAGGAAAGACAAGUUAAUCAACUUCACCAUCUUCAGGAUCACCUACGAGGACAACGGCAUCUACGUGUGUGACAGCAAGAACCUCAUGGUGGAGAAGAAGCAGCCGCACUUGUGCGGGACAGAGCUCAGAGUCAUGGGUCACAGUAACAUCCAGCAGCUCCAGAGCCGGAACACCCUGAAAGAUGCCAUCAUCAUCAUCCAGUCCAUCCUGCUUGUCAUCUUCAUCAGUGUUCCCGUGCUCCUCUUACUAGAUAAAGGUGAAAGCAAGGAAAGCCCGGAGGAGGACCACACCUACGAGGGUCUGGAGGUGGAGCAGAUGGCCACCUACGAGGACAUCACUCCUUUCCGGGACGUGAAGGCCAAAUGGACAGUUGGGGAGCACCCGGGUGAAGAGUGAGGGGUCCUGCACCGGCACCGGCGGCACGGCUCCCUGCCAGCACCCUGCCAGCACCCGUGGGGACGGGCCCCCGGCUCCUGCCCUGGACCACGGCUCUGCCUGGAUCCCAGGCUGCGAUCCCGGGCUGCCAACCACCUCCAGCAGCCUUGCGCAGAGCUCGGGUCCUGCUGCCCUUGGGUGCUCGCUUUGCCGCGGCCGGGCUGUGCCCACCAAGGCUGCCCUGCCCCGGCUGUCGCUCUCACCGCCCCACUGAUGAACCCCUAAAGCCUAUGUAGAAAUAAGGAGCCACCUGCAAUCCCCCCGGUAGCAAACUGGCCCCAAACCUCAGGCAGCCCCACAGCAUGGUGCUGAGCUCCUGCAUGGUCACCGCAAGGGAGUCCCAGGGCAGGUGGUGGGUGUCCUCCAGCCCCACCAUCCCUGGGAAGGAGAGGACCAGGCGCGAUCACUCUCUGUGUUGCGAGGACCCUCCUGGGCUGCGAGACCCCGCUGCAGCCCUGGCAGAGGAGCCAAGGUGAGCCACACCACCUGGGUGUUCUAAGAAGUGGAUUUUGGGCCACUCUUUAGCUCUCAAGCCACGGAUGUGUCCAGCAGGCCAAGCUGGCAGUUGUCUGUGAUGAAGCAUCCUCCAAAAGCACCUCUUUCUCCCCAAAGACUCCAGGAAAAGCUGGGGAGGCAGCUCUCACCUAGAUGGUCUUGCACAAGUCUUGCUCCUCUCCAGGCAUGAGCUGGUCACAAGGACAAGCCCCCAUGGUGAGGGACACAUCCAACCUCAGACCCUGUGGGAAAGAUGUAAACUGUGGGACACAAAUGUCCAACUGCUUUUUCAAGUCUUAAUAAAGGUAAUGGGUAAAAUCGCA